AGAUGAAUAUUUCCACAAUUAUCUCGACUACAACAACUCCACCAGCGGUUUCAAACGAAGAUGACACGUCAAGAACCACGUUGAAAUUGGUUUUGGCAAUUUCCUAUUUGGUUCUUUUUAUAAUUGGAACAGUCGGAAAUGGUACCGUAAUUCUCAUGAUCAUCAACAUUUUGACAUCUAUGAAGCGGAACGUGCAGGCUGGAAAACGGAUGAUGAGCAGUACGAAUCAUGUGUUUAUUUAUGUUCUUGGACUCUCGAUUGUUGAUCUCCUGGUAAUUCUGCAUCUUCCGUUUCUGGUCGUAGAUCUUUUGAAAGGACAAUGGCUAUUUGGAGUGGCAAUGUGCAAAGUGUACUGGUUUGGGGAAAGUGUCAACAAAUUGUUGAGCUCUUUUUUGAUGACAGUGCUCAGUUGGGACCGGUAUAUGGCAGUUUGCAGUCCGGUUAAAUCUAUGAAAAUGCGUAGCAAUGCAACCGCAUUGAAAGUCCUCCUGGCUUGUACCAUAUUUGCCACAGUACUCCUUUUACCAGUACUCUACGAGGCCGCCGUAUUUAAAAUCGAUAAAAUGAGAAUGGUUCCGUUGUUGGAAGGUACGGAAGAACUGGCAGCGUCGGACCUUGCUGGCACAACAAUGUCAAAAUGCAUGUUCGAUGCGGAUGCCACGUUUACUCUCUACACAUUUGUCAUCGGAUUUGCCGCCCCCGCAUUUUUAAUUAUAAUAUUCUACGUACAGGUAAUUUAUGCUCUUCAAAAAUCAUCUCGAAAUAUCCGAGGUGCGCGAGGAAUCAGCAAACCGGAUGGAAGCUCGAAUAGGGUCAAGAAGGUCACAAAACGAAUAGUGGCUGUGAUUCUUUUCUACUUCCUGUGUUGGACACCUCAAUGGACACUGAAUAUCAUGUCACAAUUCAAUUUGAUCGCCGUUUCAUGGAUGACUCCAGCACUUUCGGCAAUGUUUUUUGUGGCGCAUUUGUUGGUAUGUUUCAACUCGGCAGCUAAUCCAGUUCUCUAUGCAUACAUCAAUCGGGAACUUCGUUCCCAACACGUCAUGGCAAUGCACAGAAAACGACACUCGUUAGGUCAUGAGCAACAGCAACGAUUAAAUCAGGCGAGACUUUCCAUGCAAUCCCGUCCUUCUGACGCUUCAGCUACAGUUUUCUCGAAACUCGGCGACAGUGACGCCGGUAUUUUCAACAGGCUCUCAAAUUUCCAACAAAACAUAAUUGCAAGCAUUUUACACCGCAAACGAAUAAUACUGGUGGCGGAUAAAAAUAUUCACAUUGAAAACACGUCAUCAUCGACAGACGAGGAUAAGGACGAUUACUUGUAGACAUUCUACUGGAAACUAUAUUUUUGAUAAUAAACUUUUCUCAAA